AUGGAGGCUACGUUCAUCCCUCUAUUGACUGAUCAAAAGGGCCGAGACAACGAGAAUACAUUAGAGAAAUACCAGCAAGGGGGGGGCUGGGUCAGUCAUUAUCGCCUCGCCGACGUCGUUGUCAAGGGCGAAGGAAGACGUGCCUCCAUCGGGCAAGUCAUCCUUGUAGCGUAUCCGCACCAGCUUCAUCAGAAAGCGACGCGUGUCCUUGUUCACUCGUUGUCGCGUGUCCUGGUUCACUCGUCAUCGCGUGCCCUGGUCGUGUUCUCGUCUCACGUUGCCGUUGGGCCGUGGUCGUGCAUCGUCGUCGUCUCCGAUGGGAAUGCGCAUCGUGUGUCGUCGUCGUCCCGCGUGCUGGUUGUGUUUUCAUUCCACGUUGUCGUUGGGCCGUCGUCGUGCAUCGUUGUCGUCUCCGAUGGGAAUGAAUGGGUGUCGUCAUUGUCCGCUCGUCGUCCCAUGCUGUUUGUGUCUCGUCGUCCCACGCUGUUCGUGUCUUCGUUCCACAUCGUCGUUGGGUCGUCGUGGUGCCGUAUCGUUGUCGUUUGGUCGUACUCGUCCCGUGUCGUCACCGCGUUGUCGUCCUGUGGCCUCGUUGUCAUCCUGUGA